AUCCUAUUCCUAUUAUGAAAUAUUGUUGGGAUCAUUUAGAACCAUAAUGACAAAGAUUAAUUAGAUUCAGUUACCUAUAAAUACAAUAGCAUAUCAAGAUCUAUUUAUACAACCUAGAAUCUUCUCUUUUUCUCCUUUUCCAUACAUCUAAUAUCUCUAUUUCUAUACUUCUAACACUCUUUGGAGCACCAUCCCACAGGAAGCCUCAGGCAUAUUUGAGUAAAAUCUAUCUUCUUAUUAAUUUCUCCGGAGACACUUUCAGACUUUCUGUUUUAAGUCUUUAUUGUAUGGCAGCUUUUGCUCUAAUGUGCCAGUUACUCUACACUGUUUGCUCUCUAUUAGUUUUGCAUGCCACUUUGUAUUUUAUCUAUGUAUUCUUUUACAGUCUUAAUAUCUAAAAUCUUAUUUUCUACAUCUUAAUCCUGUACUUUUACAAUGAUUGCACCAUUUCCAGCAAAUUGAAGCACUAUUAAGACUAACUUUUGCACUGGAGGUGAAAGUACAGCUCACAAUGACCCUGGUUACCCUGCGGCACUAAUCGUCUAUUAUAUCCCUCUUUGCACUUUCUAUAGUCAGUCAUUAGACCAUCAUCCUCUAUUUUGGCUUGGAACUGUGUGCCCCCCUUUCUUUUAGAAAAAAAGAGUCAUAAUUCUGUUGAAUAAUUCAAAGGGGUGAAAUCGAGAGGCUCUAGAGUUUCGACAGGUUAUUGUUCCUGGGCAAGGUCGCUGAAGGCUAGUAAAAGUGAACUCUUCGUGCAGGGUUCUGUUCAGUCAGGGCAUGGUCCACUGCUACAACAUCAUCGCACACACACACUCGUGUAUGCAUGGACACACACAUGAGGUCAACCAUACUGUAUGCACAGAGUGAAGGCCACUCGGGAGGAGGAUGCCACGCCAUAAACUCAUCGCAUCUGAAAGUGACGUGAGCAUUGAGGUGGAUGAAGGGAAGGAUAAUGAAUUCAGCCUUUACUACGUGGAAGUUGAGGAAAACUCUAAGGGAGGUCAGGAUAAGCAGGCGACGCGAGAUGGCAAACGGAGAAGAGAGAGAAAUGGUGAAGUUAGCAGGAGAAGAGCUUCAGAGAAGAGAUCAACUGAGAUGGGUAAUAAAAGAGCAGAAAAGAAACAUGAGAAACACCACAAAACAACAAGGAAAGAGGGCGAGAAACACAGAAAAAGGCCAAGAAGGAGUGCAGAUGAACAGGAGGCUGAGAAUGAAUCCAGCAAAGAGAAAAAGAAUAUUAAAAAUGAAAGAACCAAGACAAUAAAACUGGAAGAUGAGCAGGAAAAAGAUGUGAAGAAAAAGAGAAAGAAGCACGUUAAAAAUGAGGAGGACGAUGCAAAUCCUGGAAAGACAAAACAGAAAGAUUGUCAGGAGGUUGCCUUGAAAGAAAAGAAAAAGAAAAGGAAGAAGCCAGAGACUACCUCAGAAUCUGAGUCACAAUCUGAAUCGAACUCUGAGUCUGAGUCAAAAGACAAUCCGGCGGUGGGAGUUUUGGGGUCUCUGACCCCCGAGGAGCUGGAAAAGUUAAAAGAAGCGGUGGAUGAAAGGAAAAAGCUGAUCACCACACUGAAAGGAAAACCCUGGCCCAUGAAGAAAAAACUAGUUAUCCUUCGGGAGUCACAAGAGUUUGUGGAGAAGUAUGAAGGGGCUUUGGGAAAAGGCAAAGGCAGGAAACUAUACGCCUACAAGGUCCUGAUGAUGAAGAAAUGGAUGAAGUUUCAACGUGAUCUUGAGAACUUCAAGACUGCCUGCAUCCCGUGGGAGAUGAAGAUAAAGGAAAUAGAAAGUCAUUUUGGUUCAUCAGUUGCCUCUUACUUUAUAUUUCUGAGGUGGAUGUAUGGCAUCAAUAUGAUUUUAUUUGGACUGACAUUUGGGUUAGUAAUGGUUCCAGAGGCUCUCAUGGGAAAACCGUAUGGUAGCAUGCCCAGGAAGACAGUGCCCAGGGUGGAAGAGGCCAGUGCUAUGAAUUUUGCAGUCUUAUGGGAUUUUGGGGGCUAUGCUAAGUACUCAGUCCUCUUCUAUGGCUACUACAAUAACCAGCGGGCCAUCGGGUGGCUCAAAUUCCGCAUGCCCCUGUCCUACUUCUUGGUGGGAGUGGGUACAGUGGCGUAUAGCUACAUGGUGGUAAUCAGGACUAUGGCCCGCAAUGCCAAUGAAGAAGGAGGGGGAGAUGACACCAGUUUUAAUUUCAGUUGGAAGACAUUUACUAGUUGGGAUUACCUCAUUGGAAAUCCUGAGACCGCAGACAACAAGUUCGCUUCCAUCACCACUAGUUUUAAGGAGGCCAUUGUGGAGGAGCAAGAGAGCAGAAAAGAUGACAACAUCCACCUGACGAGGUUCCUUCGAGUGCUGGCCAACUUCCUGGUGCUCUGCUGUCUGGCAGGGAGUGGGUACUUGAUCUACUUUGUAGUACGCAGGUCUCAGAAGUUUGCUCUGGAGGGACUGGAGAACUACGGCUGGUGGGAGAGGAAUGAGGUGAACAUGGUGAUGUCUCUGUUGGGGAUGUUCUGUCCGAUGCUGUUCGACGUGAUCAGUACUUUAGAAAACUAUCAUCCACGCAUUGCCCUCCAGUGGCAGCUGGGACGCAUUUUUGCCCUUUUCCUGGGGAACCUCUACACGUUCAUCAUCGCUCUCAUGGAUGCCAUCCAGCUAAAGAGGGCUGAAGAGGAGAUCGUGAAGAAGAAUAUGACAAUUUGGCAAGCUAACCUGUACAACGGGACUGUGCCAGACAACUCAACUGCUCUUCCGAUCACAGUGCACCCUGCUGAUGUUCCCAGAGGGCCUUGCUGGGAGACAAUGGUUGGACAGGAGUUUGUUCGUCUCAUUAUUUCUGAUACAAUGACGACUUACAUCACUCUGCUAAUUGGGGAUUUCUUCCGUGCCGUACUGGUGCGAUUCCUAAACAACUGCUGGUGCUGGGAUCUGGAGUAUGGCUUUCCGUCCUAUUCAGAGUUUGACGUCAGUGGGAAUGUUCUGGGGCUGAUCUUCAACCAGGGAAUGAUCUGGAUGGGGGCAUUCUACGCUCCAUGUCUUCCAGCAUUAAAUCUUCUCCGGCUUCACGUGUCCAUGUACCUGCAGUGUUGGGCCGUGAUGUGUUGUAAUGUGCCUCAGGAACGGGUCUUCAAAGCUUCAGGCUCCAGUAACUUCUACAUGGCCAUGCUGCUGGUCAUCCUCUUCCUCUCUACACUGCCGGCUAUAUACACCAUUGUCUCCAUUCCUCCCUCCUUUGACUGUGGACCUUUCAGUGGGAAAAACCGGAUGUUUGACGUGAUUCAGGAGACCCUGGAGACAGACUUUCCUGCCUGGAUCGGUAAAGUAUUCAGUUACGCCUCGAACCCCGGACUGGUGCUGUCCUUUCUUCUGCUUCUGGUUCUUGCGAUUUAUUAUCUGCAGUCCACUUCUAAAACAUACAAAAGGGUCAACAUGGAGCUGAAAAAGAAACUUCAAACUCAAAAUGAGGAAAACAAGAAAAAGAACAAACUCGCAGCCUUAAAAGCAGCUAAUGAACUGGAGCAGGCGAAGAAAGCAGGAGAACAACGCAGAAACAGCGCUUCCGAUCUGGGAGUGAAUGAAGAAAGCAGCAGCAUAGAUGAAGCAGGGCAUCGCAGACAACCUGGACAGAACGGCCGCUUCAUUCACCCCUCACAGAGUCAUCAUACUCAAAACUCUGAACCUCCCGUCUCCUCGACCCACACAACCACCAGACCCCCUGCAUCCCGGGGCCACACAGCUUCUGGACAUCUUCCAGGUCACCCACAGAAAAACGCUCACUCAAACAGAAGAUAAACAGCACAGAUGUAAAUAGAUAAACAGAUGCAUCUGUAUGCUGCAUGCACAAUAUUUAGCACGUAUAUGACCAUCUUUAUUUCUUGUUGAUUCAGUAUAAAUCCUGUGCCCAGGCCUGCCGCACAUAUCAUGAAUGUGUCAGUGGAUCUCAAGGACUCGGUGGCUAUGUAACUCUAGAAUGAUAAGUCUUAUCUCUGUGAAAGAGAAAUGACUGCUCUUGUUACACGCAGGCCAAGCUAGGGUCAAACUAUUUUCUGCAUUUGUUGUUUUUUAUAUUUAUUUUUAGUUUUAGAAAUAUUUGCUGGAUUGCUGGUUUACUUACCAAUUGCAACUAAUUUAUUAAACUACAGCCGAAGUUCAGGGGCGUUUCUAACCUUUCAUCAGUACUGGGACACAGGCUUCCCUUUCAAAUAAGUGUGCUCAUAUUUUCAAAAUCACUUUUACCUGUACAGAGUUGUUCACACAAGCUGCACACGCAAUAAAGAGCUGCUUUGUCAUUAAACAAACUUUAGCUUUGUUUUCUAGGUAAUAUACACUAGUAUAGGGACCAAUUCUUACUAUUAACUGGUUGCUUAUUAGCAUGCCUAUUAGUAACAUAUUAGUUGUUUAUUAAUACUUAUAAAGCAUUCAUUCUGCAUGACCAUAUUCUACAUCCCAAAAUACUACCCAAUAACUAAACCAAACUCCUACCUUAUUAACUAUUAAUAAGCAGCAAAUUAGGAGUUUAUUAAGGCAAAAGUUGUAGUAAAUGGUUUUUGUCAAUAACGUGAAGUCUACCUUUCCUACAAUGGAAAGUGGGUAGAAAUCCAGUUCAUCCAGAGUUCUUUUUUUGUCUUAUAAAUUGUCUGGUUACUAUUGUGGUGUGAGAAAGUGGUGCAGACAAUUCAGUGAGUGACCAGUCUUAAUAAAUCAAACUAAAUCACAAACAGUUUAAGACCUUUUUGGAAACCUAGAUCAAAAGAGUGAUUCGUUCACAAAUCUGACAUCAUUAGUUCUGAUUCUAAAAAGCGAAUAGAAAAAAGCACAUAAAUAGAUUACUGAUAUAUCCAAAACAAUAUUCACCCUAAAAUGUGUUUGGACAUCUAAGCCCACAUAGAUAUGAAAACAAAAUCGUUUUUCAACACUUCAGAUUGACAGCUUGGCCCUGCCCACCAUUAUGCCUCUUCUCUCCAUGUCAUUGUUUCCCCACUCUCCAAUCCAUGCAGCUUUAUCUUGAUCAGCGUGUCUGCUGCCCCACAACAUUUCCAUGCCCCUUACUGUAUUCUCAAAUCUGCUCUCACCUCUAGGGGUGUCUGAUGUCUCGGAUUAUUUUCCUGCAGCCACAGAUUUGGCAGUGAAGAUGCAUGUGGCUCAUUUGUCAAGCCACGGCCCACACUGUUCUGUUUGGGGUUACACUGUGUACCAUUUAUGUGAGGGCAUUUGUUCCCAACCCACUACUAGAGGAUUGUAAAAGCAUUGAGAAUAUCAUUUGAGCACCUUCUUUGAAGCUAGAUUGAAAUGAUUUUACAAUCCCAAGAAAUUUAUCUCUGUAUCAAAUCUUGAAGAUUACUUAUUAGAGAAUUGGCACAUAAGUUUCAUUAACAUUGCAAAUGCUCAUCCGUAAUUCAUGAGUAGACUUCAUUAAGUAUUAACAGGAGUCAUUUGAGAUUUUGUUUAUUUGUUCAUUUAGGGAGCCAUUGUUCAUUUGAAGAUACAGCCCUUUUGGAAUUCAUUUCAUAUGGUCCGGAAAAUGCCAGGAAAUCGAUAUAAGUGAAAACUGAUAACCAAAUGACAACUUUUUGUAUUGUAUACCUUCUGGUGAACCUUGAUGAGGUCUUCACAAGCCACCACUGAGAGAAUUCUUUUAUAUGCGGGACAUCUGAUCUGUGUGAUUGUUGUUCUGUUACCGGACGUUAUAGUAGUAGACCUCUUGUGCAUAAUUAACUCAAAAACAAUUACUUGUAUUCGGCUGCUGUGUCUUGAGCAAGAAGGUUAGUUUCCUUAAAAGUGCCUGAAUUUCCUGUCGACAAGAUGCUUUAUUUACACAAAAUGGAAGAAUAAAGACACAAAUUUAACCAUAGCUAAACAUGGUAAAACCAUAGUUCAGUAUAUGAACUGAUAUAGAACCAAGCAAAAAGGGUGUUAAGAGAAUAUAAAAUUGAAAAACAGUUACCUGUUGUACUAAGAUCCAUAAGGAUUUUUUUUUUAAUAAAGAAGUAUGCAUUGUUCUAGAAGAGGCACAAUUU